CAUAGUAGUUCGGAGGAAUUCUAAAAUUGGCAGAAACUCACUGGCUGUAGACCUUCAAAGAUCAAAUACUUAGAACCAUUUAACGGAAGGUCAAGAGCUGGAAAAAAAGAAUAGAACAACAGAACGGAGCAAUCUAUAAAAAGGAAAACUUUUAAAUUACUUAUAAAGUAUAACUUUCUACUAAGGGAAAUGACAUCCAUUAAUGUAACUAGUGAGCAUGUUUUUUACUCCAAUUGGACUCAGUACCUUGAAGAUCCAAAUUACUAUGAAAAUACAAACUUUAUUGCCUGGGAAAAACACUUGAACCUCUAUGGCUACUUGCGGAUACCGUGCAUCAUUUCUUACUUUAUUACAUUCAUUAUUGGAAUAACUGGAAACAGUCUUGUUAUCCGGAUUGCUGGAUUCAAGAUGAAAAGUGUCAGUGCUGUGUGGUUUCUCAAUCUGGCCGUAACUGAUUUAAUAUGCAACAUUGCUCUUCUUGCACGGAUAUCAGAAUGGGCUAUGGUUCUAGAAGACUUAUUCUAUAGUAAAUAUGUGUGCACAAUCAGUACCCCCUUUAUGUUCUUUAACAUGCUUACCAGUGUCUACUUUUUAACAGUUAUCAGCAUAGAUCGCUGUGUGUCUAUCAUGUGGCCCAUUUGGUCCAAAUUACACAGGUCUCGUAGAUUGGCCAAAAUCAUAUCAGGAAUUAUUUGGGGUGUGUGUCUGGUCCUCACUUUACCUCAUGUGAUACACCAUCACUUAAUUGAUGAUAUGUCAGAAUGUUAUCCUAAGUAUGUUAAUUAUAUUCCAUCUUACAGAAAAUAUUCUAUAUUUGGUAUUUUAUCUACUAAACUUGUAUCGGUUUUUGCCAUUCCUCUUUUAAUCAUGCUUCUUUGCUAUGGCCAAAUUGCUUUAAAACUAAGAACUCUUAAAAGAAAAGGUGGCUUUCGAAAACCCUUAAAGAUCAUCACUGCUGUUAUUAUCAGCUUCUUCAUCUGUUGGUUUCCAUACAGCAUCUGGCCUUUAAUAAUAUUGAAUGGGAAAUAUUGGAAAGCAGAUGUUAUAAUAAGUGAAAUAUCUGUCUGUUUGGCCUAUUUUAAUAGCUGCAUCAAUCCCAUCCUCUAUGUUUUCAUAUGUCAAGACUUUAAGGAAAAUUUUAUCAAGUCCCUACCAGCUAGGCUGGAAAAUGCUUUUAAAGACAAGGAUGAUCAAACCAUUGAGGAUGAUAGUGGAAAUGCAACUGCUGAGCUGCGUACAUCUUCUUCAUCAUUCCUCUGAGUCUUUCUCUGAUUCUUUCAACUUAACUAAUUUAGUGACCAAAUGUAAACUGCAAAUUAAAUGUAGUUAUUUUGUUAAUUUACUCUUAACUAAUCUUGAC